GGAAACUCGCAACCGCAAUGGCGGCGCAAGGAGGGGAGAGGGAGGAGAAGACGGCGAUGAGGAGCCCUGAGGAGACGUCGCGAUCCGGCGUCCCGUUUGGCAGUCGCCCGCGGCGGGCGUCCCCGUACUUCCAGACCCUCACCGUGUCCGACUCCCAACGCCCCGAGCUGGCCUCCCUGAGUUCGCGGGAGGAUCUCGACCACUGGGGAGAUCAAGGAUACCCCAAGACAAUGCUCACACACACGGACGAUGGCACGGAUGUCCAGCCAUUGGUGGAGAGCGCGGGUGGCACGGCCCAGGACUCGGGUGAGCUCAGCCUUGCGGUUGCGCACGGAGAGCCGGAAGGGAACCCCAAUGAGGACGUGGAACCUAUCGGCGACGUCUUCUUUGACUGUCAAGAAACGCUCAGCAUCCUCUUGAGCGAGUGGAAGCAGCGCAUGAGCUUGAGUGAGCGCUACGAGGAGGAGAUGGUUGUGCGAGCCGAGGCUCUGGUCAAUUCCGGCAGGCGGCUGGUACAGAGUUACGAGCAGGAGAAGAUCCGUCUCGCCGACGAGCUGCUCCAUGUUCACGUGCUGCUCUCGGAGGAGUGCCGAGACCCACGCUCGCACGGACGGCUGGAUGACGUCGCGGCCGCCGAACCGCCGAACCACCGACUCGACGGACGACCCCUGACCGACCGCCAGCCUACGGGUGCCCACACCGAGUAAAUGACCCAACACGCAUCAUCCUGACCCACUGACCAAAUAACUUACAGACCGAUAACUCGCCACCCCAUCCUAUGACCCAAUAAAACGCUUUCGCAAAGCGACAAUAUAUAUGAACCCGACACCCGACUUGCCCACCCUCUGACUAUAAGACACCGAGGCCAAUACAAUACACCGACUUGGUGAAACUCUAACCCAUCAAUCGAUCCAUUUGACUACAAGCCAAUCCACCGGAUCACCAGCUGACUUACUGAUCCAAUAAACACUCUAACUGCCAACAUACUGAUCCACCAAAUAACCCUAUAACCUUGUCACCUAAGCUCAGACUAAAGACCAGCUGACCGAAUAAUCCACAUACCGACUGUCCCACCAGGCUAUCCCCACUGAAGGAGGAGUCGGUGUUAUAAGUUAAUGUUGUGUUUUUGUUCCGCGUUUAGGCAGCACUGCCAUUACUUUGCCAUAAAUGUAUUUAAACUCAGGAGUGUCUGUACACUCAUCUUUACCAAAUGGAAGCUGCUCGUGGUGGAAACUAGUUUAACGCUAAUGGAUUUGACUAAAACCACUCGUACAUAAAACCAGUUGAAAAACUAUCCUGACAUGUUUCUAAAUUAAUACACACCGCAAGGAGGGUAGUUCCUUAAACACAAUGCUCAAAGUGGUCGAGUGACAUGGACGUAUAUUUUCCUGUACGUGCAUUACACGUAAUUAUGUUCUCCUGUUAACGAGGGCUAAUCCAAGGAAAAUGUGCACAACGCACGCUGCGCUCCCACGGUUUCGUCUUUACGAUGAACCGUGCUUUCCAUGUCACAGCGAUCUGCAGGUUCUGCGCUUGUUUAGCGUGAGGCUGUAGUCAUCAUUCUUUGGUUCUUUCGGUAAAGUCACGUAUAAAGAAAAAAUAAUAAAUUAAAUAAUAACAUACGACGUUUCGAUUGCAACACAAGCAAUCAUCAUCAGGUAUAAUGAAAUAGCGACAUAAAAUCUAACCAGAAAAAAUUAUAGACAGACAUAUAAGCAGACAGAUAUCACCAAGAUACACACAGCGAGCAACACAGGUACAGAGAGGAGUGAUCGUCUCUGUGGGGUGGCCUUAAAUAGACAGAGGGGGGCGGAGGCAGCAAGAGGGAGGGGUUAGAAACAAAAUUUACAUGUCAAUGAGUACAACAAAAGGAGUGAGCAGGCUUAGGGGGAGAAAGAGACACACUAAAAUUAAAUAACCUAGCAAAGUAUCGAAAUGUUAUGUAAACCGACACAGAGAAACACACAUGAUUGCUUGUGUUGCAAUCGAAACGUCGUAUGUUAUUAUUUAAUUUAUUAUUUUUUCUUUAUACGUGACUUUACCGAAAGAACCAAAGAAUAAUUCCUGCAGUCACGAAAGCUCCAAAGUUAAGGCUGUAGUCAUCGUUGCGAUGCCGCGAGGGAGUCCGCUGAGUGAGCUCCUGCGCCCCAUUGUCAAUCGAAGGCUCGCGUCGCUAAGCCGUGUGCCGCCAGGCUCGUUCGGAAUACGACGGUAGCGUCGUCUCUCCCUAGGUGGCUGGGAGGGCUCGGCGGGUUGUUUAAAAGUUCUUGGGAGACGCCGCUGUGUUUACACAACCAAUGGGGGAGCGACGUAGGCUCGGAAUGAACUCAGCAAAAUGAUAUCACUUGAGAAGGCUGCAGAUUUGUGUCUAUGUCAUUGUCUCGUUACCAGCUUUCGGUGAACACUUGGGUGUCACGUGUUGCACUUUAUCAUUCUCGCGACAGACUGCAAAGGCUGAAGUGGAAUUUCCUUACACAUCCACAGGUUAAUCCUGAUUAAAAUUUGGAACGCCACAAUAUACGCACAGAUACACGGUAACAUUACCCCCGUAUUUCCAAUAUUUCUAUAAACGUGCUCUAUUCAAGACACCUAUUAACUCUUAUCAGUGACACAUUUAAUAGUCAUGUAUUUUGCUGGCUGUUUUGUGUGUUUAGGUCUUUGGGAAUGUCUGUCAUAAACAGAAAAAUAAAAUGAGUUCCUUGAGUGUUA